UACGCGGGCAGCUGCAGUGUGAGAUGACUUCCGAACAGGUGUUCGACAUGGUAUGCCUAGGGGGAGGCGUGUCCGCAGGCUACUGGGCGGAAGAGGUGGUUUCGCUGCUCAAGUCGGGGGCCGAGCAACCAGGCUUCAAUCGGCCGAAGCUGUGCAUCGUGACGGGGUACCCCGAUGGCCUUGUCCCGUACGAGCGGUCGGAGAUGUCCAAGGAGUGCCUCCGGCCCGAGAACAAUCAUUCCAGAGACUGGCAGGCUUGGGGAAACAAGGUCUUCCCUUUCACGAGCACGGGGAACGACCGAGACAGAAGGAACGCUCGAUGGUACCGGGAUAACGGGGUUACGGUCCUGUCGUCUUGCGAGUGCUACGAGGUGGACGUGGCGAACGCGACGCUCCGGCUGUACCAGUACUCGGACCGGGCACGCACUAGGGCAAAGGCGAAGCAGCUAACGGUCACGUACGGCUCCCUGCUUGUAGCCACCGGCUCUGCGCCAAAGCACUUGCAGGGGGACCAAGACAGCGCCUGCUUCUGCGUGAGACAUUCAGACCUACGUGGGCCAAAGCUCGCCAAGCCGGAGGCGUACGGGCUGGGCAGCGCCCACUACCUUAGGGACGUCGGCGACUGCAUCAAGCUCGUGAAGGCGCUGAGCACGGUGCCCCCUGGGGGGGGGGCGGGGGGGGGGGCGGGGGACGCGAACACGGUUGCGCUGGUGG